AUGACAACUCCAUCAAAAUCUAAUGAUACUCCAUCAAAACAAGAUCGUACACCGGGUAAACAGACAUCUGUUGCUAAACAUCCUAAUCCAUUAACAACAUUACGAGAAGAUGAACCAGUUGCUAGUGCAGCACCAAGUUCUGUUCUUCCAAUGCCUUUUACACCAGGCAUGGCAUUUACAUCCUCACCUGUACGAAGUAAUAUGGGUGGUAGCGAUUGUACAUUAAUGUCAACACCAUUUCGAGCUCGAUCUGAUCCUACUAGUGUAGGAAAAUUGCGUUUAGUUAAUGAACAAGAGAAAUUAGAAGGUGAUAUUAAUGUAAAUACAGCUGAUAAUCAAGUUCUUAUUUACGGUACAGAUGUAAAUGUCAGCGAAUGUAAACGUCAAUUUAUAUCAUUUUUGGAAAAAUUUCAUUUAAAUAUUGAAGAAACAAAUCUUGAAGGUGUUGAUCCACCUAAACCAUUUUAUAUACAAAAAUUAGAUGAAAUUCAUUUACUUAAAGGUACAUUUCUUAAUGUUGAUUGUACACAUAUAAAACAAAUUGAUAAAACAAUGUAUAAUCAAUUACUUUCAUAUCCACAAGAAGUUAUAUCUAUAUUUAAUAUAGCUGUUAGUGAAUUACUUUUUACUAUUUAUGAAGAUAAUACACUUCCACAUCAAAUUCAAGUACGACCAUAUAAUGUUGAUAUGGUUAAAAAUAUGCGUUGUCUUGAUUCAGAAGAUGUUGAUAAAUUAGUUACACUUACUGGCAUGGUUAUUGGAUCAUCAUCAAUAAUGCCUGAAAUGCGCUCAGCAUAUUUUUCAUGUAAUACAUGUGGUUUUCAUGUUCAAGUUGAAAUUGAUCGUGAUCAAAUUACUGAACCAACUGUAUGUACAUCAUGUAAACAAACACACUCAUUUGAACUUAUUCAUAAUCGUUCAUUAUUUGCUGAUAAACAAUUGAUUAAAUUACAAGAAACAUCAGAGAAAAUGCCUGCUGAACAAACACUAGUUACUGUAACUGUUGUAGCAUAUAAUGAUUUAGUUGAUGCAGUGCAACUUGGUGAUCGUGUCCAAGUAACUGGUAUAUUUCGUGCAGUACCAGUUCAUAUAAAUCCUAAAACACGAUAUGUUCGAUCUGUUUGUCGUACAUUUAUUGAUGUUAUUCAUUUUCGUCAUGAAAAAACGUUUACAGCUGAAGGUAGAAUUGAAGAUCAAACAACAAAUGAUUAUGAAGAAUCAAGUUCAUUAAAAUUUUCUAAAGAACGCUUAGCACAAUUUCGACAUUUAUCGAAACGUCGAGAUAUAUAUGAAUUAUUAUCAAAUGCUAUUGAUAUUAAACAAGGUAUUUUAUUGCAAUUGUUUGGUGGAACAAAAAAGAAUUUUAUUGAUACUGGACGAAAAACUUUUCGAUCUCAAAUAAAUAUAUUACUUUGUGGUGAUCCUGGUACAGCUAAAUCACAAUUACAACAAUACAUAUUUCGAUUAGUACCUCGUGCACAAUAUACUAAUGGAAAUGGUACAAGUGCUGGUGGUCUUACUGCAUAUGUAACAAAAGAUCCUGAAACUGGUCAACUUGUUCUUCAAACAGGUGUAUUAGUUCUUGCUGAUAAUAGUAUUUGUUGUAUUGAUCAAUUUGAUAAAAUGAAUGAAAGUGUUCGAUCAAUUCUUUAUGAAGUCAUGGAACAGCAAACAUUAUCAAUAUCUAAAGCUGGUAUUAUAUGUAAAUUAAAUGCUCUUACAUCAAUAUUAGCUGCAGCUAAUUCAAUUGAAUCACAAUGGAAUAAAUUUAAAAUAAUUAUUGAAAAUAUUCAAUUACCACCAACAUUAUUAUCGCAUUUUGAUUUUAUUUUUCUUUUACUUGAUCCACAAAAUGAAGUAUAUGAUAGACGAUUAGGACAAUAUUUAGCUUCCCAGGAAGCCGAACGUGAAGAUAUUAAAGCUUUAGAAUAUGCGUUAAAGCAACUUAAAUUUGAUUUGGAAAAUGUCCUGACUCGUUAUGAAACAAUUGCGAAUGAAAAAUUAUCAUAUUCAAAUAAUGAUAAUGGUGAUGGACAGAAUGAAGAAGAAUAUUAUGAAGAAGAUGAUGAAGUAAGUAUUAAUGCGAUAUUGAAUGAUCUACCAGGUCAAGUUUAUCAAAUAAUUAAUAAUCUUAUUGUACAAGGUAUAAUAAGUAAUCCUUAUUUAUUCUGUUCAUUAUUAUUUCGUAAUCCUGGUUUAUUACGUUCAUUAUUACUUAAUAAUCCAGCAACAUUACUUGAACUUAUGUGUAAUCAUAAUGUGAGUAUGUCAUCAUGCGGUUUAAAUGAUUUACAAAGUAUUUAUCAUUAUGUACAAAAACCAAUAUAUCCCGCAGCCGAAGGACAAUUUGAUAAUAAUUCAUUUGCACAAUUAUUCACUCGCAAUGGAGAAAAUACAAUAAUAUCACGGACUGAAAAUAUGUAUCUAAUACCAAAUCAUUGGGCACGUCGUGGUACUGGUGCAGCAGCUGCAUCUCCUCUUCAAACACAACAACCUACUGGUUCAACAAAUACUCAACCACAACAACCUACUAGUUCAGCAAAUACUGAACCACAACAACAACAACAAGCAGCUCCAACAAUUUCGAUUAAUACCAGUAGUAGUUCACCUGGUUUAAUAUCUUCAAUGAUGCAAAAUUAUAGGUUACAAUUAGUUCGGAUUUCUUGUUUACUUGAAUGUAUUUUUAAUGCAUUAUAUAUACAACCAUUAAUGGAUUCACGUGCAACUUAUUCUGAUAUAUCAAGACAAAUGGUUGCUAAUAAUCCUAAAUUACGUGAACAAAUGAUUAAUGCUUUACCAGCUAUGAUGGAAAAAAAUGAGAAUUCCUGA